AUGCCCCGUCCUAAAGUCCGGCCAGAGGACCGCCAGCGUUCCUCCAAAGCCUGCCUGCCAUGUCAGGCAUCCAAGAUACGAUGCGACGCUCAGACUCCAUGCAUCUCUUGCGUCCGCCGUGAUCGGUCUUCUACUUGCACCUAUGGCGAGUCACAUAGACGACGACUACCAAGGGCUCGCCGGACUGGUGAAGUGAGGUUUGCAUCUUUCACUAGCUCUGCAGAUGGACCACCUGCUUCCCUACGGGCUAGAACUCUCAAUGAGUCCACAAAUAGAUGCCCAGAAGGAAAUGGCGGUAUUCAGCUUCCAAUCUCGAUAUCAGAAGCUCCUUCAGUACAGUCGCCGGAGUGUACCGAAAGUAGACUGCUGUUGAGCUCGAAAGGGGAGAAAGUCUAUAUUGGAGAGACAUCGUCGCUGUCAUUCCUGCAAUUUUUACGCGGUAUCAUGAAACAAUAUAUGGGUCCUUCUUCUUUUACAGAAAAUGGCCCCGUGAAUGUUAUGCUUGAAGCAGAAACGAGCGUAAAUCGUAACAUCACUUUCGAGGAGAGUCUGACCACGAAAGAAGAAUUAAUACAAACAUACUUUGAAGUGACCAGCGGCUUCUUCGACCUGUUCGACAAAGAUGAUAUACUGAAACUUCUUCAAAUCGAAGCAUCUUCCUCUGGAAGAAGAAUCAACAGAGAAGAAAUGGCAGUCCUGUACCUCGUAAUAGCUAUUGGAGGUCAAUGUCGCGGUUCACACAUCUCUGAUUUCCAAUACGCUACGAAAUAUUUUUCCAUGGGUCAGCAAUAUGCGUUUGAGGGCAUGCUUAGAGAUCCCAGCAUUAACAUGCUCCGUGUAUUUCUUCUCAUGGCAUUUUAUAUGCUUGGUGCAUGUCAUCGCAAUGCGGCAUAUAUGUAUCUUGGGGUUGCUUCCAAGGCAGCUGCAGCUCUUGGAUUGCAUAUAGGGGCGCAAGCUCGAGGAUUAUCAACCGACGAAGCUAAGACUCGCUGGCGAACUUACAAGUCACUUCGAGUAUUUGAUCUUGUCGUUAGCUUCCUCCUCGGACGACCUGCGAGUUCAGUCCCGUCAAAUCAUGAUGACAUGACACGAAGAGAAGACUUGGAUCCUCAAAGUAUCGCGGUUUUGGCUGCAUAUAAUGGAUCUAUUUUGAUGGAAGAAAUUUUCAAACAUCUGAAGAGAGUUAAUAGCGGUUUUGACGUCCCAACAGCUGAAGCAUUUCUUCGGCGCUUACGACAAUGGAUUAAUGGUUUACCUCGUAACUUCCGGCAAAUAUCCUUUGACGGCGAGCUAGAAACCCUGUCCGUGAGUCGUGAAACGGCUGUUGGUAAUAUUCAUGUCAGUUGCAUAUACUAUUUUGCAGUCAUUCUAACAACACGGUCGUUUCUGAUAUCACAUCUGAUGUCUCGACUGAAAGAGUCGUCUAUUGUCGCUUCGAAUCCUACAUCUCCCACUGCAUCUGGAACAACGGAGCAACAACGUACGAGUCCUCAGCUCGCUCACGUAUGUAUCGGUGCGGCCACUUAUAUGGCAAACAUGUGUGAAAAAGCCAUGCUAUCGGGACUUCUCCUGAGAAACAUGUGUAUUAUGAAAGCUUGGGUUUUUGCAGCCGGUCUAAUCCUUGGAUUCUCGCUCUUUGCAUAUGAUGAUAUUGAAUCUCGUAACGAGACCGAGUCAGCAUUCCAGAGCGCCAGAUAUGUUCUUCAAAACCUUGCGAAUCUUAGCCCUCAAGCCAGGCAAUACGAUGAGAUACUUACCUCGUUUGCCGAGGCCAUUGUCAAACAUCGACAGCAAACUUUAUCUGCGAGGCAGAAAAUUGCAGAUAGGUACAUUGACUGUGUUCUAGAUAUUGGCGUGGCUACUUCCAUGGAGCCACAACCCCAUCGUCAGGGACGAUCAACUGAUGGCGGAGGCUAUUCCGGUACAUGGGAAGAACUACAAGCAGAUACACAAAUGUCUCGGUCCUCAAUAUCUGGAAUAGGUGUAGAAGAUAGGUGUAUGCAUAGAGUGGAUGGGUCGGAUUCUGAUAUUGCAGCCGACGUUGAUCUUGAUGGAUUUAAUGUAUUGCCGUUUGAUGAUGGCGCAAGUUUUUCUAUUGACUACGAACCGUUUGGGCUGCUACUUGAUGGUAUUUGA